AUUUUCCCAGUGCAAUUUCGUGCCACAAAACAAAAAAACCCCAACAAACAAAACGAGGUACAAUACUUACUGGGUUCAUCAACUCAUUUCCAACAUUCUGGACGAGAGCAACAACAACAACAAAUGAAGUAGUGUGGAUUCUGUUUUGAGGUCGCGAAGUUACUGCGGGUUUUAAUUUUUUUUUUUUUGCCUUUUACUCUCUAGUCUCUUCCAACGGGCAGCUUUCUUUCCUUCGUAUGCCGUCCUAGUUUUGUCCGAAACAUCGAGAAAGCUUCCUCCAACGGCAACUCGCUUCUCCUCUUUCUUCUUCAUCGUCUUCAACCUUUACUUGCCCAAUUCAUUCCUCCUGAGUUCAACAGCUUUUGUUGCAAAUGGGUCUCUGGGAUUCCUUCCUUAAUUGGCUGAGAAGCCUAUUCUUCAAACAAGAAAUGGAACUUUCCCUUAUAGGGCUCCAGAACGCAGGAAAGACAUCACUCGUCAAUGCUGUUGCUGUAAGUCUUUUGUAAAUCCCUUCCUCUAUUGCUCGUUUUUCUGUCAUUUUCUUGCUCCUCAUAGUCUCAUUAUAUCAUUUGAUUUUUACCAGACAGGAGGGUACAGUGAGGACAUGAUUCCAACUGUAAGUAUCUUGUUCUUUGAAGUGAGUAUAUCAUCAUAUAUCCCUAAGUUAAUUCUGACUUAGAUUUCUGUAUAAUCUAAAUUAGGUUGGUUUUAAUAUGCGUAAAGUGACAAAAGGAAAUGUUACGAUAAAGCUCUGGGAUCUUGGAGGACAACGCAGGUUCCGCACCAUGUGGGAACGAUACUGCCGAGGUGUCUCUGCAAUUCUAUAUGUUGUUGAUGCUGCGGAUAGAGACAGUGUUCCUAUAGCUAAAAGUGAGCUACAUGAUCUUUUGAAGAAACCUUCUCUUGCUGGUAUACCGCUGCUGGUUCUUGGCAAUAAGAUAGACAAAUCGGAGGCUCUUUCAAAGCAAGCGUUAGUGGAUCAACUGGGUCUUGAUUCCAUAACCGAUAGAGAAGUUUGCUGCUAUAUGAUCUCUUGCAAGGAGUCUAUAAACAUUGAUGUAGUCAUCGAUUGGCUCAUUAAGCAUUCCAAGUCAGUGAGAUAACUGAGAAGGAACAGGGUGGUAGAACUUGCUGCUUAGGUUUCCAAGGGAAUCUGGAUAAGUUUUUUGCUGCUUUCCCCUGCUUCCUUCUGUAAUAUUUGAUUUAUUAAUCAUGUUCCAUGUUUUUUCUUACUAUUAUUGAUUGUUGUUCUACAAAUGGGUUCUGCGUAAAUCCGAACUGAUUAAUGUUGUUGCAUUAUAUAUAGUUUGGAAUCGCACAAAUAAAGCUAAAUCCUCGAGUUGAUUAAUUAUAGACUUGAAGGAUUGUAAUGUAACGUAUUCAUAUCUUAUGGUUGUUAGCUUUUUAUUAUCACAUUUCUCAUCUGAGGAAUGCUAUUCUUAAAACUCAUACCCAGAGUCGGUUUCAGUCAAGCAGGUAUUGAACCCGAACAUCUUCAGCGCUUGAAGUACAGUAGUAUCAUUUGCAUUGGUCAACUCUACUUGAACUACACAACCUUUUUUAAG